UAGUCUGGACCUCAGUACAAGAACGAGACGACCCCAAUCCCUUUGACAUUCGCAUCCCCCCAUAUCGCCCUCCAUUGUUCAAACCAUGGAUAACGCCAUCAAGCUCUUCAAAUCCCAAAAAAUUCCGGUCCUCGAGCCUGGGCAGUCGGAGUAUGACCGUGCCAUCGCAACUGCGAAUCUCUUGUUCCGCUUCUCGAGACCCGAUUGCGUGGUUCAGCCCGAGACCGCUGCACAAGUCCAGACCAUUAUCAAGGAAGCAAGAUCGAACCGGCUCAAGAUCACCAUCAAGUGCAACGGUCAUUCCUAUGCCGGGCACUCCACUGCCUUCCAGGGCAUCUCACUGGACCUCAGGAAGAUGAAGAAGGCGGAGCUCGACAUGAAAUCGAAGACAGUUACCAUCGAUGCCGGUUGCCAAUGGGGCCACGUGUAUGGGACACUUAUCAAUGGCCGGCAUAACGGGUUCAUCAUCAAUGGCGGGCGAUGUCCUACUGUGGGAGUGAGCGGUUUCCUGUUAGGGGGUGGUCUUGGUCCGUUCACACGCAGCUUCGGAAUGGGAAGCGACACUCUGAUGGAGGCCACCCUUGUGACUGCAGAUGGGGAGUUGGUUACUGUCAAGGAAACCGAUGAUCCAAAAUCCAAGGAGGGCAGGCUCUUCUGGGCCCUCUGCGGUGCAGGUGGUGGUAAUUUUGGUGUUUUGGUCCAGAUGAAGCUGAAGGUGCAGCAGCUGCAGAGCAUGAAUGGCAUGGUGGUAGCUGGGAGAUAUCAGUGGUUCCCCACGGACGGGUUUACCGACGACGUCAUCGACACGAUGAACGACUUCUACACAACCGACUGGCCCAACAAGAUAACCAUUGACAGUACCUGGAUAUGCGACCUGCGGCAGAAUAAUUCGCUCGGAGGAGUCCGGUUCACCGUCGCCUUUGAUGGCAGCAAGCCCGAAUACGACAGAGUCAUCGACAAGUACAUCAAGAAUGAAGACCUAAAGGUCCAACUCAAACGGAGAGUACUGGCCGAAAGAUCUACACGUUUCCUUUACGAGACGCUGGUGAAUCAGUGGUUUGAGGAGACUGAAAGAGCCUAUCCUACCAAUAAGACCUACGAGCUCUACAGCUCCUUCGUCUUCAAGAACGACAAUAAGAACACCAUCCAGCAAAUCACUGCCAUCAUCCGAGAUUUGAUGAAAGAGUUCCGGAACGACUUCAAAGGGGAACAAGUCAACUUCCUGGUCACUUGGAUCCAUACUGGGGGCAAGGCCACCGAGAAGAAGCCCAGCGACUCGGCUUUCUUCUGGCGUGAAGCUGUGUUCCACACAUAUGUCACAGUCGAGUGGGUGGACAAAUGGAUGGAGAGGGACAUGAGGAACUUCCUAGCGAAGAUCAAGACGGCGCUGAGGCCCCUUUCUCUGAAUGGUGCGGCUGCAUUCAUCAACUUCCCCGACCGAGACUUCCCAAGAAAGUCUCACGAAGUGGCAUAUUUCGGAAACAAUCGCGAGGAGCUGCGGAAGGUCAAGGAGAUAUGGGAUAAGGAUAACUUCUUCAGGUGGGCUCAAGGUGUUCGGCUUCCGGGGGAUCUAGAGGAAGAUAAGGAGGCGGAUGGUGAUGAAGAUGAAGCUGAAGAUGAAGAGGAAGACAAGACAGAUCAGCUCGCGGGUGAACAGUGGGAAUACUACAAAACACCGGACAUUGUAAAAGACCUCGACGAAUUGGCUGAUUUGGGGUUUUGACGGAAGGAAGAGGAUUGCAUCUUGUCAAGCGCGUCAUCCUUUCGUUAUAUCAUGAGGCUUGAUUCAGGCAAACUAAUAAAGAGAGCGCUCUACGUCUUCACUGUAAACUCCUUGGUAGCCCUAGGCUUUGUCAAAGCCCACUGUAUACCAUUCUCC